GGUGGCCCGCGCAUUCGUGGAACACUACUAUCGGACCUUCGACACGAACCGUGCUGGCCUUGCGGGUCUGUAUCAGGACAACUCGAUGCUGUCCUUUGAGGGAGCAAAGACGCAGGGCGCCGCCGCCAUCACCGCCAAGCUCACCGGCCUCCCAUUCCAACAGUGCCAGCACAACAUAUCCACCAUUGAUUGUCAGCCAUCCGGUCCUGCAGGUGGUGUGCUCGUCUUCGUUAGCGGUUCCCUACAGCUCCCCGGCGAGCAGCACGCGCUUAAGUUCAGCCAGAUGUUCCAUUUGAUACCAACACCACAGGCUAGCUUCUAUGUGCUGAAUGAUAUUUUCAGGCUGAACUAUGCCUGAGAUCCCACUGUUUGAAGAACUUAAAGAACAUAAAUUCUCCUUAUGCUUGUAUGUUUCCCAUCAAUGUUUAUGCGUAUUUAUUUAUUUUGCACUCUUGAUGCUAUUUGUCUGCCUCUUCUGUCAAAUUAAUGGCAGGUUGCUCUGCAUCUCUCAAAAUUAUGCUUGAUUAAACUUUUGAAAAUCUUUAUCGGUCUUUUGCGUUACUUUUAUUUGUACCACUACUAUUGCAGGAGACAAUCAUGUAAGCUUUAUGUCUGGUUUUCCAUUUAUAAAGAAGGAUUUGUGUUUU